AUACGCGUAUAUGGUUGGGUUAAAAACAUCUAAAGGAUACUACGAGUACAUUUUUAUACAUUGAGUAAUCGGAAUUGAUGGUUCAUCACGAAACGCCACCGGCUUCACCAUAUAUGGAGGAGGUAGUAGAGGAAAUCGACGAUGAUGCUGGAGUCAUUGGAGAUGUGGAGAUAGUGGAAGAUUAUGAGGUCGAAGAAGAUGGUAUUGAGGAUGGUGGAGAGCAGAUGGCUGAUGAAGAUGGAGAUAUCAUGGAGAUGAUGGAAAGAGAAGAUGCCAUUGUUGUCUUUGACAAACAUACUAAUUCUGUCUUUUGUGGUUCAUUGAGUAAGAAUGGCCAGUACGCAGUGACAGGUGGUCAGGAUGACAAAGCAUAUGUGUGGAGUACAUCUACUGGAGAGCUAAUUUUAACUGCUGCUGAUGAUAAAGAGAGUAUAAUAUUUGCUGACUUUAGUUAUGAUGAUCAGUAUCUUGCCACUGGUGAUAUGAAUGGAUUGAUCAGGGUACGCAAAACAUUAGAUUGGAGUAUAGUUUGGAGCGACAACUCAAUGGGUGAUGCUACAUGGAUGCAAUGGCACCCAGUGGCACACGUUGUUAUUGCUGGCUCUGAAAGCGGAGAAUUGUAUAUGUGGAAAAUUACAGAUGGAGAAUGCAAAGUUAUUCAAAGUUUUGGACAGAAGCCUGAUGUAUCCUGUAUUAUGCCGGAUGGAAGAAGAAUAGUUGUCGGUUACAAUGAUGGUGUUAUUCGAUUGAUAGACUUAAAAUCUUGCUCUGUUAUAUCAACAAUCACAUCGAACAUGGGUCAUACUUCUGCCAUUACAUCAAUAGACUGUCAUUUAGACAAUAAUAUAAUUUUGUCUGCUGGGGUUGAUGGUAAAACUAUUGUUAGUUCUGCUAACACUGGCAAGAUAAUUAGCAUUCUACAAGAUUUGAAAGGAAAUUCUACAAAUGAUGAAAAAGAUGAAGAAGUUUCUGAAGCAUCUGGCAACUGGAUAGAAACUAUUGCAUUUCAGAAAGACGUGUCUCAAAUUGCCGCUUCUGGUACUAUCAGUGGUGACAUUUUCAUUUGGGAUAUCGCGAGAAAAAUACUGCGACAUAAAUUGAAUCAAGGAAGUGGAAUAUCAAAGAUUGUUUGGAAGGAGAAAUCGACUUUGUUUUUCACUGCUGGUCUGGAUGGAAUACUGAGAUGUUUUGAUAGUAGAUCUGGUGAAUGUCUUAGAACUCUAUUAGGGCAUACUGAUGAUAUUUUAGAUUUAUGUAUCUCUAAAGAUGGAAAGAAAGCUUUAACAGUUUCUGAAGAUAAAUCCGCUAGAGUUUUCGACAUUGAAUUGCCAUAAUCCAUUGCUUAGAGCUUAAAUUAAAUUUUUUUAAUUCAAGAUUUCAUUUAACCAAAGAAAUCAUCUAAAGAUAAAAUUACGGAUUAACUUUGAAAACAAAUUUUAAAUGAUACCACUCAGUGAUUUUCAACGCGAAUUUGUAAAGCAUUCAAUGAUCAACGAAUAUUUCUUGUUUUAUGUUUAACUUACUAAGUAGAAUAGAAAUCAAUAUCGAUUCCCAGGCAUAUUAUAUCUAAAUGUUCAAGUAGAGCAUCCGGAAAUAAUAAUCAAAUCGAUUUCUGUCAUUACUAUUUUUAAUUAAAAAUGCCGAGAAAACUAUAAAACAUUCCUUUCUUAUGGGAAGUCAGUGAUAAAGAUAAGACUUGUAUAACCAAGCGAAACCCGUCGUUAUUAGUUUUCUACGUAUUUACACGAUAAACACACUGAUAUUGAUUAUCAAAGCUAGUUUCUAUAUGUACGUUACGAAAAUUAUAUAUUCGAAUUUCAAGCCUAGAAAUUGUACCAGUUUACAGAUGCAUUUAUAGACAUUCAGCUGACCCAGUAUAUAUUGUCUGUAUGUUUGAAUAAAUCGGUUUGAAAGAGCUAUAAGAAGUUUAAAAGAGUAAUUUUGUUGUACCUUCUUAUGGGAUAUAAAAAAUGUGUUUCAUAAUGUUCUUUGAGUUCUUGUAAUAAAAAUUCAACAACAUAAGUUCUGUCUUUUGAGCUAAUGAUAUAUAUUUUAAUAAAUAACAGUAUCAAAAAUAUGAAAGU